CACUACUACACCUGGACAAUAUCCUAAGCACCCCGCUUACUUCUUUUGAUACACAUACUCUUCGCCAUAUAUCAUGUCCACUAGAGCAGCAAUAUAUGGAUCAGCAGCCUCGAAACGGGGCACCGCUCAACUUAUCAAGUCCUUCCAGAGCUACAAUGCCGGACUUCGACCCACCUUUAUCAUGACCCAGCACUUCAAAACUCCAAACGCUAGACGAAACUUUUCUUCUUCGCCCAGCGGUGAAGCCAAGAUCAAGGAGUUUUUCGAGAAGCAUCCGACAGAAAAAGUUCGCAAGACUCAGGCAGCAUGGCCACAUCCAGUAUACACCGAAGAGCAGAUGAACCAAGUCAUUGUCGCUCACCGUGAAGCCAAGACCAUGUCCGAUAAAGUUGCUCUGAUCGCCGUCAAGGUGCUGCGCUGGGGUCUCGAUAGGGUGACGGGAUAUAAGCACCCAAAGCCCGUGGAUGUGGAUACAAAGGACCCAGUAGCAGCACGAAAGCAGUUCGCCAUGACGGAAGAAAAGUACUUGAUUCGGAAUGUCUUCUUGGAGAGCGUUGCAGGCGUUCCUGGCAUGGUAGCCGGUAUGUUGCGGCACCUGCAUUCGAUGCGUAGGAUGAAGCGAGACAAUGGAUGGAUCGAGUCACUCCUUGAAGAGAGUUACAACGAGCGUAUGCAUCUGCUCGUGUUCCUGAAGAUGCAACGCCCAGGACCCUUUAUGCGCCUCAUGGUGCUUGGAGCACAAGGUGUAUUUUUCAACGCCCUGUUCUUCGCCUACCUCCUAAGCCCUCGCACUGUCCACCGCUUCAUUGGAUACCUUGAGGAGGAAGCAGUCAUCACAUACACGCGUCAGAUCAAAGACCUUGACGAAGGUCGUCUUCCCAAAUGGGAAAAGUUGGAGGCACCCGAGAUUGCGAUUGAUUACUGGCAUAUGCCAGAGGGUCACCGUACAAUGCGGGAUCUGCUUCUCUACAUCCGCGCAGAUGAAAGCAAGCAUCGAGAAGUCAACCACACCUUUGGUAACCUCGAUCAGAAGGAGGAUCCCAACCCCUACGUUAGCGAGUAUCGGAAUCCGGAAGAGCCACACCCAACAAAGGACCUUGCACACCAAAAGCCAACUGGCUGGGAAAGACACGAGGUCAUCUAGGAUUCCGUUUGCCUCUUUCCUCUAGUAUGCGUAUUCCGCUGGGCAUUUGUACUUCCCCUGUCUUUUACCUACACUCCUUUCAAAAUGCAUCCUCGGCGUUGGCGGACUUUAGAUGUCAUUGAAAGAUCGAUAAACUUAUUGCGUUGGGAGAUAUUUUGACAUACGAAAAUCAUGUAUUAUUAGACUUGUGGGCGUUCUCGAGAUUAUUGGAAAGUUUCUUGUGGGCUGACCGGAUUCUCAUAUGGGCGCAUGGCGGCCAAUGAACCUUAGGUACCGGCUUAUGUACACAUGGUUCGACACAACUGAAAUCACUCUAUUCCGUAC